UUCUAGGUCUUCCACCUCUCUCCGCCGCCGUCACCCACUCCACUGCUCCGGCGAGGAAUCGCUCGCCCAGCCGGCGACCAUGGCGGAGGCCGCGAGCGCAGAAGAGGCCGCGCCUCUCCACCCCGGCCUCCCGGAUGAGAUCUUCAUCUGGGAGGUCCUCGUCCGCCUGCCCCCCAAAGCCCUCCUCCGCUGCCGCGCCGUCUGCCGCGUCUGGCGCCGCGCCACCUCCGCCCGCGACUUCCUCCUCGCCCACCACGCCUGCCAGCCCGCCCUCCCGCUCCUCUACGUCUACAACAUCGAGUCCCUAGACAUCAUCCCCUUCGACCGCCGGGCAGGGGCCGCGGCCGACGACCAGCUCCGGCCAGUCGCGCGACUUGGCCAGGGCCCCUUCCGCGCGAUCGCCUCCUGCGACGGCCUCCUCGUCUUCGCCAUGAGCGACUGCCGCUUCUCCCUCUGCAACCCGGCGACUCGUCAGUAUGCUCGCCUCCCGGUGCCUCCUGGCUUCGUGCCCUUGGGGAUGUACUCGCGCAGCCCAACCGGCGAGUACCGGCUAUUGCUGUACAGGUUCCCCACUGGACCGGCGCCUGACGCUCAAGGUGGCUCCUACGUGUUGGUAUUAGGCUCCGGCCAGCCGCCACGGUCCAUAGGGUGCCCUGAUGCUAGGGAACUGGCAUUCAGCCUGUCAUUCCUGUUCCGCGGUGGCCUGCAUUGGCACAAAGAGCAGAAUGAGAGGAUAGUGGUAUUCGACACCACCACUGAGUUGUUCCGGCACAUGCGCGUUCCGGUUGUUUCUCGCUGCACUAACCUGUUUGAGAUGGAUGGAAUGCUCGGCGUGUCCAGCUUUAAUUAUGCAGCGGCAACCAUCGAUAUCUGGAUGGCGCAGGACUACACGAGCGAGGUCUGGUGCAACAAGUACCACAUUGAGUUGCCGAUUGCAAAGCUCACCACGCGCUUUGGAAGGUUUAACACACAUGGGUUUGGGGUAGUCGCUUCUUCGGAUGGUCAUUUGCUCAUGCUGCUCAAAUUUAGCGACUGGCUACUUCAGGUUGAUAUGGAUGGCAAGUUGGUCGCUAGUUUCCAUUGCAAAGGCCUUGCUUAUACUAGAUUUUGGCUCAAACAAACUUUAGUUUCGCAUACCUUCUUUCCGGCACUAGAGCGUUAUGUUGUGAAUGCUAAGCCUUUCAUCUGAUCUAAUAGCUUUGAGUGAUGUGGUGCUUCUGAACGGGUCAGCGUGGCCCGCAAUACCAAGUUUGACCUGUAGGCUUCUCUGUUGAUGUAUAUCAAGUUGUGAUCAAGAAGCUCUUGCUGUCAUGUGGUUGUAUGGAAUUUAUGCUUGUUUGAUACCAAAACUACCAAGUCAUUUUGUUGUGCGUUUGAAAUAUAUGCCAGCUACCCAUGUCUCUAUUUUCUUGAACUGGAGAACUAUUUUGCAAUCUACCUGCCUCAUGUGUCUAUUUCUUGAACUGAAAAUUUGACUUUGCCUUUUUUAUCUAUGUCCCGUUUUUAUCCCGAGAGGUUAUCUGGUGCUCUUCUCAAUAUGCUGAAUACUCAUUUAGCAAUCCACAUGUGUUUUCUGUUUGUGAGUUUUGUUUUACCUGACAAUAAAUGUGGCAGAUUAUCCUCUCAAUUUGGUCACUUGCUAGUUUCACCUGAUUGUUAGUAGUGCUUGGAGCAGAACCUGUUACAUUGGAUGAAACGCUUUAUCUGCCAUACGAAGUUUAUCUGAAGUGUUAGCCAUGCUGAGGUUGAUUUGGGUAAUAUCCAUUUCUUGUACAGAAGAUUAAGCAUUCUACAUAAAACGUGUUCCUGUUGCCUCAUGGGUAGAUAGCAAGUUAUCAUUCGUACUAAAUUCUAUAUGCAUCAAUAUAUGAGCCUUUCUUCAAUACCAGUAUCCGGCAUGGCUAUGUGGUACCACUUGGUUAGUCCUGCAGUAACAUACACAUGCUCAGGUUUUUUCAUUUGAUCUGAUAUUUCAAUCCCACUUCUUGUCUUUUUACAGCUACAUCAGGAUCUUUUCCCAGUUUUGCCUCCAGUUUUGCAUCUUUCUGCAUUGUAUCAUGUGCUAGCUUCCACAAAUCUUUGAGAAGUCAAACUUCUCUUUGGCAGUUUCAUGUGCCUCCUAUGGUGUAAAUGUUUUUAUGGUUGUUGUUUCAUAAUUAACUGCUAGCUGGGGAUAAUAACUUGGCUAAAAGACAAGAGUUGUCUGCUUUGCAGUGAAGAUGAAACCUGAUAACAUAUGUUCUUUGAUUGUGAUGUUACCAAGCUAGUUUGGCAAGAUUUGGCUGGCGUUGUUUCUGGGCCUGAUUUCGUCAAUUAUGGAUCUUCUGCUAGAAUUUGGAUCAGUAAUAGGAGUAAGAAAAUGCUGCUGUGAAUAUGAUUACAUCAUAUUGGUUGUAACAACAUCUUAUAUCAUGGGACGUAGGGAGUAUAAUCUUUGCUUGCAUUGUGUCAGACUGGUUUAUCAGGUACCCUGCCAGAGGCUGCUACAUUUCCUAAAAUGUUGGCGAGCAGUGUUUGCUGCUCCAGGAAGGCAAAGCUCUGGUGACUCCCCAGCCCGGCUUAAACUAUAGAACGGCGUCCUUGAUGGCCCCAGGACACAAGAAAUCAGGGAGCUGCGACCGUCGCUGUAGUUUCUAUUCUGGCGCAUUUUCAGUUUUGCUGAUGUGAUGCUGGCUGUAAGAAUAAUAAUUCAUGACUACUAGAUGUUGAUGUUUUGAGAUGUGGCCUGUUUAAAAGGUCUGUAAUGGUCUAAAUGUUGUGACACUGUUUUCAUUUCGUUUGAAAUGGAACAGGGCGAAGAGCCUUUUGAUUUUAAAAAAAAAUCUUGACUCG